GAUCAAAAAAAAUGGAGCUCCAUCCAAGAGGGCGCACCUCCACCCCCACAGCCACCCCCAUCCACGGCAGCCCUCCUCUUCACACGCUCAAGCCGUUGCGCCGCGCAGCCUUUUACCGUCUCUUUGCUCUAGUUUACAUGUGUGGACUCGUAGCUCUUUUUUUUCAUCACACGCAAAAUCUCCUCCACUCAAAAACCCUACUCUCCAUCUCUUUAUCUUUCUCUCUCCUCUUCUCGGAUCUCAUCUUGACCUUCAUGUGGGCCACCACACAGGCUUCCCGGAUGAAUCCAGUUCGGCGCAGAGAGUUUCCGGAGAAUGUUGAACAAGUGGUGGAAAAAAAAGAGUUUCCUGGUCUUGAUGUGUUCAUAUGCACGGCGGAUCCGUACAAAGAGCCGCCAAUCACGGUGGUUAACACGGUGUUAUCGGUGUUGUCUUAUGACUAUCCGGCGGAGAAGUUGUCAGUGUAUGUUUCGGAUGACGGUGGUUCUUCACUUACCCUCUUUGCUUUCGUCGAGGCUUCCAAGUUUGCGAAGCAUUGGUUACCGUUUUGCAGAGAAAACGACAUCGUUGAUAGGAGUCCUGAAGAGUAUUUCAGGGCAUCAAAUCAUGAUUGGUCUUACUCUUCUGAGGUUGGCAAGAUUAAGAUGAUGUUCGAGAGCAUGAAAUCUAAGGUGGAAAACGUUGUAGAGAGAGGAGCUGUUAGUGAUGAGUACAUCACCACUGAUGAAGAACGCCUGAUUUUUGACAAGUGGACGGAUGGAUUUACCCGUCAUGAUCAUCCAGCUGUGAUUCAGGUCUUAUUAGAAAAUGGCAAGGACAAAGACAUCACAGACCAUUCCAUGCCAAAUCUAACUUAUCUCUCUAGAGAAAAAAGGAGAACCUCACAUCACCACUUCAAAGCUGGUGCUCUCAAUGCCCUGCUUCGAGUAUCGGCUACCAUGACUAAUGCUCCGAUAGUUCUGACCAAUGAUUGCGAUAUGUACUCCAAUGAUCCCCAUACACCACGUCGAGCCCUAUGUUACUUAUUGGACCCUAGAAUGAUCGAUUCUCAAUUAGGGUUCAUUCAAUUCCCUCAACGUUUCAAAGGGAUCAACAAGGAUGAUAUCUAUGGUUGUGAGCACAAACACCUUUUCCACAUUAAUAUGAUCGGAAUGGAUGGACUACGAGGCCCGAAUUUUGUUGGAUCAGGAGGCUUUUUCUUUCGUCGGGCUUUGUUUGGAGGCCCAUCCACAUUUGUGUCCCCAGAAAUUCCAAAAUUGUGCCCGACCCAUAUCGUCGACAAGCCCAUCCAGUCCCAAGAAAUUUUGGCCUUGGCCCAUCAUGUAGCUGGCUCCAAUUAUGAGAACAACACCAAUUGGGGCUCAAAGAUGGGAUUUAGAUAUGGGUCACUAGUUGAGGACUACCACACUGGUUAUAAGUUGCAUUGCGAGGGCUGGAAAUCCAUACUAUGCAAUCCUGAUAGGGCAGCAUUUUAUGGGGAUGCCCCUAUUAGCUUGAUUGAUAGUCUGAAUCAAAACAAAAGAUGGGCCAUUGGGCUUCUUGAAGUAGCCUUCUCUAAAUAUAGCCCAAUAACUUAUGGUGCUCGAUCUAUGGGCCCUCUCACAGGCCCUCUCAUGGGCCUAGCUUACUCACAAUAUGGAUUUUGGUCCAUUUGGUCUAUUCCAAUCACAACAUAUGCCUUCCUGCCACAACUUGCUCUCCUCAACGGAGUUUCAAUCUUACCAAAGGUCUCGGAACCAUAUUGGUUUUUCCUGUAUGUUUUUCUUUGUGUAGGGGGCUAUGUACAAGAUUUACUUGACUUCAUAUUAGAGGGCUCAACGGUGCACCGGUGGUGGAGUGAUCAGAGGAUUUGGAUUAUAAGAGGGCUUUCAUCUUACUUGUUUGGACUAAUUGAGUUCUUAUCUAGACACAUUGUGAGUUCCACACUUAGUUUCAAUGUGACUAGUAAAGUAGUUGAUGAUGAACAAAGUAAAAGAUAUGACCAAGGGAUCUUUGAGUUUGGGGUUGCAUCACCCAUGUUUGUUCCUCUAGUUAUGGCAGCAAUGAUCAAUUUCGUUGCGUUUGUGCACGGACUGGUUCAAGUUCUUAGAUGGAGAGACAUGGAGGGACUAGUUAUGCAGAUGUUCAUAUCAGGGUUUGUGAUGCUGAAUUGCUGGCCAAUCUAUGAAGCCAUGGUGCUGAGGAGUGACAAAGGGAAAAUGCCUACAAAAGUGACUGCCACUGCAGCAAUUCUGGCAUUUGCAUUAUAUGCAUCAACUUCUCUCAUUUUCAAGGAGUAACGGCUUUGAGAGGAGCAAAAAUGGGCAUGGAUUCCCUCAGAUGCAGUUUCAACAAAUUACACGGAAAAGAAAAAGAACUCUUGGAAGGUCUCUUCUACCUUCACUGUAAUCUAUUGCCAAUGUUACAAACCUGGUUUGUAGCCAUUGAUCAAAUAACAGGGAAAACUCGAUGAAAUGA